AUGGGACGAAGCUCAAGAUUCGGUUUCACUCGGCGCAAGAGCAAUGCUUCAUCCAAUCUCGUCACCGAAGAGAGGGUCCCAAUCGUGCGGAUAGAUGGCUCCAUAAGCAAUUCAAAGGCAGAGAGGCUGCUGGGUCAUGCACGUCUGCCCGUCACCACUCCAACUUCCUCGCCGGCUCCAUUGCACACCGCCACACCCUCACACCACCACCACCACCACAACAACAGCAGACGACUUGCACCCAACCUACCUAUACCUGCCACCACUGCCGACCUCUCGUAUGAGCCCGAAGCAACACCCUACGACUCGACCGAACGACUGGUUCUGCCCCCUCAACUCGGCAGUCUGCGUCCCCCGACUGGCUCUCGCGCUUCCUCCAAUGCCCUUGGUAUCGAAGACUACUCUGCCAUAUCCUCAGUCACUACUUCCACCCUCCAUCAUGUCUCGCACAAGAACUCCUCUUCGACAAUCCGUUCCUACUACGACUCCAAACGGAUACCCCUCUCCGUUUCGCAGCAGACGUCCAACUCGGCUGUGAGAGACAUGGCCCUGAGGAAAGGAUAUACCCCUGUGCACAUCUCGACCGCGGAUGAGGACUCGAAAUCAACAACAUCUGCUUCUACAGCAUCAAAAUCACGGAAAGAAAAGUCGUCACGCAAGCCAUCCAGGCUGGACCUGUCCAAGCUCUUUCCCAGACCCAGGGCCCAUCAGCAUGACCACAAUGGUCUCCUCUCACCGAACAAGUUUGUAAACUCUCCCUCACAAAUCUCCCUCUCGUCCGAAUACUUUGCUCGGGGCCAAAAUCAAUACACCAAAUCCAUUCGAAGCCAAGCCUCGACCGACAGCUCUCUCCGCCAACCAUCACCAAACAUUCGCUCGGCAGAUCCACUGGAGCGUGCCAAGACAAAUGUCAGGAGACCUCCCAAGGGCGUCCAGCACUGGUUCGACGCCCUGUCGAGUGACGAAGACGACACUGCCGACACACCAACCCCUACCGAACAAGUGCCGAUCAAGCUGCCGAGGCGCAAGAGCUCUUUGGGCAAAGUCUUGGUCAAUGGUCAAGCCUUGCAGUGGGAAAAGUAUCAAAUGUCUGGUAACCAAGAUCUUGCGCGGAAAGAGCCGGCUCCUUCAGACAUCAUCUCUCCCACUCAGCAGCAGAGACCCGCAUAUCCCUCUCGCAAGUCGAGCGCCUAUUCGGUCACUAGUAAUCUGACUGAAGCUGCUUCUGCCAGGACCAAAGAAAGCCGCAUGGCCCAACUGGACUUGAGAACGACAAGCGCCCUGUCCAUGUCAUCAUCAGAAGGCGACAACGGAGAAGACACCGCGUCCGCUGCCGUUCCUCUUCCGACCCCUGUGCAGAUUCCGGUCAGGGAAAGUCUCAUGUCCAGUGCUGAAGGCGAGAUCAUCAUAGGGAAAGCGCAUGCUUAUGAGGUGACACCCGGUGCUUUGAGACACCCUUCAAACCGGAGCAACGUCAGUGCUCGGACUACGUCUUCCAGUAAAGCUGGUACGAUACAGAUGGUGUACGCGCCGGCACCAUCGCUGCCGCUACCGCAAACCGACCAUGCCUCCUCACGCCGCGCUGACCUCCUCCCAUCAAGAAGCAGGAGUGUCUCGCGGCACGAAUCCUCUUCCACCCGCGACGACAGGGCCCGUCCUCGAACCUCGGGACUUGACAUGACGACCGAGACGGAAGGACUGCGUGCAGAGUCAGAAAGUAUCCGUAGCAGCAAAUCGGCAAAGAGUGAAACACGAUCACGUGAUGGCCACAAGUUGAUGGCUGUCACCGAAGAAGAAGAGGCUUUGCUCGAAAUGAUGCGCCAGAAGCGAGCUGCAAUGGCCAAGCAGAGCUUCAGUCAAGGCUUCCAAACGGCGAUUGGCAUGGGCAGAUAUUCUCGACAAGACGCCUCGGAUGACAAGCCGACAGACGAACAACAACUACUCGCUGAUAAGACGACUGAUACCACCGGUACCUCUGCCGUUUCUCAAGCAGUCUCUCCUUCGACUGAGAUGAUCAACGCCUUCCCAGCUGCCCCUACACCCAUAACAUCCACCUUCUUCUCCGACGCUGCCACUCCAUCGCCCCCUCGUGAUCGAGUGCCCCUACCGCAGACCGAUAAGCAUCGCCCAUCGCGCAUCAUAACCUCGAGUAGGGUCAGUAGCUCCGACAUUCUUCGUAGUGGCGCACUUGGCCAAAACCCCGUCCCUGUUGCCUCCAGUGGCGGCCCCAAGAACUGCUCCCACACCUGGCGAGACGCCGUCACCAGCGACGCCCGCCCGGCUACUGCCCCGUCUUAUGCCGCCCAACUCGACCACCACCACCACCACCAACCCCUCCCAUCCCCGUCCAACACUGGAAGCAUUGCCUCGGCGAGCAUCUCUGCCCCCUCGCCACUCCCUUCGCCCGCCACCCCUGGCACCACGGACGACGACGAUCUUCGCGUCAAAGUUGCCAACAGCGAGCCCAGUCUCAGCGGCGAUGACGACAGCGUCAUUCCCGCCCAUUCCGUCGUCGAUUUUAUAUCUCCUGUCUCCAGCACCAACCGCGUCUCCCUGGUUGGCCUUUCCGAGAAAGGCAGCCAGUCCACCCUCGGCAUGCCAGGUCGCGGAGGCGGAGGAGGCGGAGGAGGCGGAGGAGCACCUCCAACAGCUUUGCGCGAGUGCUCACUGGACCAUGCCCUCGAUCUCCAUGCCAUCCCCGUCCGCACGGCCUCGCGGCGCACAAACGCAUCCACGCUUAGUGGAAGGAGCGCGGGCAGCCGGUCGAGUGUGCGGCGCGAGAGCAAGAUGUUCCGCAACGUGAACCGCGAAAGUCUGGCCCCGACCGUAGACACGCGGUGUAGCGUGAGCGAGGACGUGCUUGCGGCGUGGGGCAGCCUGGGCGGAUGGAGAGACUAUGACUUGGGCGGCAGUGCAAAGAAGGGGAGGGUCUGA